AUGCAGCCCACGGCCAUGCCUCUGCCAGGGAACGGCUCCCGCCCUCCGCGCACGCCCGCCAAUCCUCCAUUAUCGACAAGGGAUGAGCUUGAGCAUCGCCCGCCCGUUGGUGUGAUUCUCCCUCACUCCAACUCACCGCAACUCGUUAUAUCUCUAGACCUCCCCCCAGUCACGAGCGCAAGCCCGCCCCUCUGCCCUCCGUCUCUUACCCUGCCAUGCGCACGUCCUGACGCGCCUACUCACUCAACACCUUCCGUCUCUUGGUCUGCUACUCCCCGCGAGGCACUGCCCUCGCGCGCCGUCAUCCUGGCUGCCCCAGAUCUCGCCGUUCCCUACCAACACCACCAUCCUUACCGGGUCUCGUUUCCCCAGAGCCCGCCCGCCUCGCAGCUCGACCUCCGGCUGCGCCUCCAGGACCCCGUCGACCUCCGCCAGCUGGAAGACCGGGGAAGGGACGCCUCAUGGUCGACUCAUCGAGGCGCAAGGCACCCCGACGACAAGGACCUGAUGUCACAGCAGCAUGGCAGCAGGUCAGGUCCUUCGUCCACCUUCCUCCACGAUGUCUCCAGCCGGCCGACCGCCGCACGAUCCUACACGAGUCCCGCAGGACCACCCUCGGCGAUGCUGAGCUUGUCUGGUGGCGCCAGGUAUGAGCAGCUGCAGGGCCGCGGUCCUGCUCUGCCGCCCAUCCACCCGCCUACCUCUGAGCCCACGCCGCCACGCUCCGAGGACCGCACCCCGCGCGCCCUCGGCGUGCACUCGAUCCUGAACCCGUCGGGCGACGGCUCUCUUUCUGCCGAGUCCAAGGCCCGCAGCCGCACUGCCUCCCAGAUGGAGUCUCCGUCCCCCGUCGACCGCCUGCCGGGGCCCUCCCCACACAUGAGCCACGGCGUUCCUAGCUACGAGGAUCAGAGGCGCCAACAUGCUCACACCUCCAGCAUUGGCCACCGCCGCGUCCUGAGCCCGCGCUCUCCUCUCUACCGCUCACAAAGUCUGGGCAUGAUCAGACCGCCAACCGGCACCAUCAAUGCCCAGGAGACUCCGUUUCUCUCGCCCAGCUCCCAAGAUUACAGACACGAGCCUGGAUCCGCACCGAAUCCGCCUCUGCCUACACCUCCGGCAGCGCAGCGAUCAGGCUACAACUUCCCUCCUCCUCCGCCGUCCUCGAUCCCUACUCCUCCCAUCCAACAGAGCCACUCGCGGCGGACCAGUGGCGGCAUGUCUCAGCCACCUCAGCCGCAGUCGGCGAGCGCAAGCCCCCGCGGCAUGUACUCGUACGGUCCGGCUGGCCAGCAUUCGCCGGCCGCGUCGCUGGGAGAAAUUGGUCGUCCGUCGCCCGUCCCGUUCCAGUCGGCUCCCUCGAGCGCGCCGCCGCCUCCUCAGUUCUCGUCGCAAGAGCCCGACCGCUCCUAUGGAAUCCCUGUUGCCUCGACUGGUCAGAGCAAUUAUCAGCUUCUCACACUCGAGACAAACCAAGGUCAUGUACAGAUUCCAGUGGAUGUGCAGGCUGCGUCGAAAAUGGCUGAUGAGAAGCGAAAGCGCAACGCCGGUGCUUCGGCUCGAUUCCGAGCGAGGAGGAAGGAAAAAGAAAGAGAAGCCUCCUCCACAAUUGCUCGCCUGGAGCAACAAAUUCGCGAAGCCAACGAGGACGUCGAAUACUACAAGCGCGAGCGCGACUACUUCGCUCAGCUGGUUUACCAAGCGCCGGGCGGCGACCGUCACUUCCCACGCCCGCCUUCACCACGCCUCCGAAGACUCUCUAUGCAAGCCCAGGGUAGCACGGGAGCGUCAUCUGGACAAGGCAGCACAUCUGCAAGCAGCACUCCAGGUACUGGCUUCAGCACCUAUCCGUCAGAUCACCGAAGCGAGCAACGCCCUGCCGAGUCAGAUCGCAAUGUCCGUAGACGUACGAGCUCGUACCUCCCUCCCCCGGGCGCAGUCCCUGGCCAGCAGGCCCAGCCUCAAGUGGCGUAUCCGCCAGCGUCGUAUCCUCCGCUCGCGGCCGCUUCUCCCGUCCCGGGCUCUCGCACGCCCUCAGCGUCGAUGCAGCAUGCCCCGCCGCAGCAGCCCCAACAGCAGCAGCAGCAACAGCAGCCGCCCCAGCCAGGCUAUCCUACUCCCUACGCGCCUGAGCGGACCGACAGGAGCUGGCCUCCUCAGACCUCUGCGGGACGUGGUCCUCCGGGCUUGCCACCUCCGGGUCAGCAUUGA